CGUCAAAUUGUUUUCUAGACAGAAUCUUAACCUCUUUCUUUCUCUCUCUGUCUCUCUGCUCCCUGUUCUCAUUCUCUUUUAACAUGGAAUUUGAAAAGCAUGAAAAAGGAAGUCUGUUAGACAAGAAUGUGGAGGACAAACAGACGGUCUCUUGCGGUGACUCUGAAGCCAAACCUCUGAUCUUCACGUUUGUCCCUACUGUGCGAAGACUGCCAACUCACACUCAGCUGGCUGACACCUCCAAAUUCCUGGUUAAGAUUCCGGAGGAACCAAGUGAUAAGAAUCCAGAAACUGUCAACAGGUCUGAUUCUAGUGACUACUCAGUCUUGAACACUUGGAGCCAACAAGAGAGAGAACACGAGACAUUGACGAACACUUCAGAAGUCAGUGGAAAGAGUUCCCAGGAAAGAGGGCUUGAAGCAAGGGAGUCAGAAGGAAUGCAGCAAAGUGACCUCUUCAAAGCUGAAUAUGUUUUUAUUGUGGACUCUGAGGGAGAAGAUGAAGCAGCAAGCAGAAAGGAUGAACAAAGCCAUUUAGUGUCAACAGGCACCACAGCUGCCCGACCCAAGACUUUGGCAAUAACCUCCAAUCUGGGGUCUGAUACAGUGCGUCCCAAGACACGGGGCACUGAUCCCAAGUUCUCAUCAUAUUCUGAAAUGGCUCAUGGGCUGGGCCCUCAGCAAAGGCCUGCGCAGUUAACUUCUUCUCCCACUACCUCUGAGCAGCUUGCCUGUACACCACCUGCUUUCUCCUUUGUUUCUCCAACUAAUCAGAGAACACCACCUGACCCACUUAACCUCGACGGAGCCUCUGUCCUAGAGGAGUUCCACACUAGGAGGCUGGAUGUCAGUGGGGCCUUGGUAGAAGAAACGGCUACGUAUUUUCAAAGUACCAGCCACUCCUCAGACUUUUCUGCAUCGAAGGGCACCUCCUCGACCUUACCAUUUCCCCAUUCCACUCAGCUCUCAGGUUCUUAUGUAUCCAGCCCAACUGCUGCACACCAGGAACCUGGACUGAUGUCUGAAGUUCUGAAGAAGUCGGCAGCUUCAGCCUCCCAUGCCCGUAGUCCCAGAGAAAGUCCAAGAGCCCCUUCUCCUGCAACAUCCUGUGGUGCUUCUCUGAAACCGCAUUCUGCCUUGUAUAUCCCUGUCCGUAUUGUCACACAUUCACUCUCUCCGAGUCCAAAACAAUUUACCACCUCUUUCCAUGGCUCUUCUUCCACUCUCUGUAGCCAGAUGUCAUCUAGUGGAAAUCUUUCAAGGUCAGGGGUGAAGUCUCCAGUGCCCUCUCGGCUUUCCCUUCUCACAGCCAUUCUCAAGUCAAACCCAUCUCACAGACCUUCAUCACCUGCAUCCUGCCCCACAUUCUCUCUAAACUCCCUGGCCUCUUCCACACUCACACUGGAUCAAAAAGCAAAGCAAACUCCACCUAUGCCUAAAAAGUCUCUCUCCAGUUGUUCUCUCAGAUCUGGAUCUCCAGAUCAAGGGAGUCAUCCAGUUUCCGAGCUGACUCAGCAAUCUUUCCCCCUACCUUUUCCCUCCAGGACUCUCCCUGUUUCUCAGCAGUCCUCCCUCUCUCCCACAAGCCUUGUUAGUAGCAGCCCUUUCUCUUUGAAUGCAGAGAAAGCAACUUCACUCACAUCAUCAAAGACUAAUACAAAGCCCUCCCUGCCACAAACCUACACACCGAGUUUUGCAGGUCUUCCUCCUGUCCCACUAAGUUCUUCUCUUUACUCUGCAAAGGGCAAACAGAAUGAUGUCCUCAAAAGUCCAGAAAAGCCCAAGAAUAUUUAUUCGUGCUCUUCUACAUUACCCUCCUCUCUACGGUCUUCUGUAUCUCCUCCUGUUAAUCAGAGUGCCACACUCCCCAUGCCGGAGAAAUGUUUCCUUCCUUCUUCAACUCUUUCAAAUCUGAUAACCAGAUCCAAAGGCACAUCAUCUCAGCUGUCUGGCCAUGAGCCGAAUAUUUCUGCUUCUGCUUCACCCCUCUUCUCCAGUGCUAGCUCUGUGUCUCUUCCAAACUUGGGGUUCUCCCCUACCCUUCCUACUCAUCUUCCCACCCAGACGUUCCAGCUAAGCCCUUCAGCCCUGCACCCAACUUGUGACAGUGAUACCUUGCCUUCAAGACUUGGGAAGCGUGAAAGCACAAUACCCAGCCACAGGUCACCUGUUUCAGCCCCAUCUCCUCCUAUCUCUGUAACAAGAACCAAGGAGCUGAUGCCACCGUGUACAUUGCCCAUGGCAACAGGCCCUGAAAAUAAGAAACCCAAGCAAUACAAGAUCAAGUCAAGCUACAAGGCUUUUGCAGCAAUUCCUACAAACACAUUGCUUUUGGAACAGAAGGCACUAGAUGAACCUGCCAAGACUGAAAGUGUCUCCAAGGACAGCCCAUUAGACCCACCUGUGGAGUUGUGUUUACCUGCACAGCUCAGGCAGCAAACUGAAGAGCUCUGUGCUACCAUUGAUAAGGUCUUACAGGAUUCCUUGUCUAUGCAUUCUUCUGAUUCUCCUUCAAGAUCCCCACAGACAUGGUUGGGUUCUAACGCAAUCAAAACUUCUACAACUCUUCCAAGAGCAGCCGGUCGAGAAACAAAAUACGCAAAUCUCUCUUCACCAUCUUCUACAGUAUCUGACAGCCAACUGACUAAGCCUGGAGUAAUUCGUCCAGUACCUGUUAAAUCCAAAAUAUUACUGAAAAAAGAGGAGGAAAUGUAUGAACCCAACCCUUUCAGUAAAUACCUAGAAGAUAACACUGAUCUCUCUGAGCAGGAUGUGACAGUCACUCACAAGCCUAUCUCACUCCAUCCUUUGUAUCAGACUAAACUCUACCCUCCUGCUAAGUCUCUGCUGCAUCCAGAGACCCUUUCCCCAGCUGAAUGCCUUACCCCUGGACCAUUCAGUCAUGUGUCCUCCUUCUCCCUGACUGAGGAACAGGAGAGCUCUUCCACCCUCCUUAGUCACAGUGCAUUUCAUAAGUUGAGUCAUCCAAUGGUGGCUAUUCCUGAACAUGAAAGUCUUGAUUCCAAAGAGCAAUGAAGUUGAAUCUGCGAACACUGGCUGCUGAAGUUUUAUGGAUUGCUGGUGCUAACACUUGUUAGAUUAAGCUUACUUCUUUCAGAACGAGUGCUCCCUUUAUGAACUGCAGAGCAGCAGAGGCACUAAACAAAGUUGGCUGUGUGCAUACAGCAUUACAGCCCUCUACUAACUUCCAGCACUGAAGAGAUUUACUUUGAGCUUCUUGCAUCUCUGAUUAUGCCUUUAAUGCCUUCUACCAUGCUGACAGCAAUACUAACAUCUCCAAUGUUUAGCAGCCAAAUAAAGAAGAAUCAUGGGUAAAUAGAAGAAUGGGUGUGACUGUUUUUCAACAUUAGUUUUACUUAAAGCAUAUGUUAUUAACUGAAUCAGGCUUUUAUGCUUUGAUUCACUUUACAUAUGUACAAAAUAAUAUAAAAAUAUUUCCUUCCUGCUUUCAAGGGUUAAUAUUCAGGGUUCUACUGGGGAGACUAAACAUGAGAAGGUUGGUAUUUCAUGUAACACCAUUUUUCCUGUUCUGUGCUGCUUUGAUACACUAUACCUCAUGAACAUUGUAGCUACAAUGAGUAUCAUGUUCCUGGGGUCUCUAAAGCAUCAUAUACUUUUUGCUUAUUGUCACAUGAUUCUUGUGAAGAUGAUUUAAGAGUCAGUUUAUACCCAUAAAUUCAGGGACAGCAGAGACUGCAGAGUAAAUCAGCAGUGUGAUGAAACUCUUAGACUCCCAUUUACCUGCUGUUCACCAGAUUGGCUAUGAUCAGUGCUUCUCUCAGUUAACCCCAGCAGCCUCUCUGAACCUCAGUUAGUGGCUUCCUUCUCUUGUCCAUCUGAGGAACCUGUAAAAAGACACAGUAGAAGACUACAAGGUAGUAUGGGCAGUGAACUGCGCACAGCAAAGAAGCCUUUAGUAAACUCUUCUUCUGUUUCUCAUUGCAUAUGGUCUAUAUUGCCCAUGGAGAAAACUUUGGGCUACAGCUCCCUCAGACUACUUCAUCACCCACUCACUCUGCUCGCAGAAAAAAGAAGGAGAAAAAAGUAUGGAACAGCAACUGGGUACUGUACUGUCAUAUAGCUAGUUUGGAAUUGCCAUUAUCAACCAUCG